GUUGGGCCCAGUCGGUCGAGUCGAGUUCAACCAUUCGAAGCCUGCGGUGUUCCACGCAGCAUCCAUCACACACAAACUCACCCCCCGCGGCCCUGCCUCUCCUCACCGCGAACCCUCACCUUGCCCCUCCCUGCUGGUCCCCAUUCGAUCACAGGUCUUCCCAGCAUGGCUACCCCACCUGCUCAUUCCUUCACCCCCGAACAAUUGGCCGCCCUGACGGUGGAAGCGGCCAGGCAUGGUACGCCAAUCUCCUACGUGUCCUGCCUUUGCCUCGGUCUGAUCCUUGGAGACUGGUUCGGUGCGCUGGACUUCGACUUUGCGCUGCUGAAAGAGUCUGGGGCCAGGACGCUGCGAAGACGCAAGGCUGCCAUCGCCUACUUCGUCGCCCGAUCGUGCGGCGCCAUCGGUGUGGGCUUCUUCGUCGUCAUGGUCUCUGUCGGCGAUCGCAAAACGGAGGUUUGCAAUGUCCUCAUCCGUUUUGCCCCCGUCUUCAACGGUUUCGCCACGUCUGCCUCGCAAUUCCUCUUCAUCGGUCGCGUCGUCGCCCUGUGGCCAAAUCCCAGCGUCAAGUGGGUCACCAUGGCUGCGUGGAUCAUCGCUUCUCUCUCUUGGAUCUCACAAGAAGUCGCUACAGAGAACCGUCAGAAUCCUUUCGGACUGCUGCAGUGCUACCUUCCGCGUCUCUCAGGCUUGGCGCAAGUCCCGUACUGCUUCGCAGCAGCAUACGACAUCCUCAUCUUCACCCUCACGCUGCUCGGCUUCCACAGGCAGGGCAAGCUGAACGUUUUCAGAAGGGGACCGACGGACAGCAAGAUCGUGCACCGACUGUUCAUCACCACCUUGAUCUUCUUUUUCAUCAUCAUCGGCUUCCAUAUUGGCGUGAUCAUCGGCUUCUGGACGUCUACGACCCCGUAUGACACGGUAGUCAUGGCACCUGUCCACACUGCAGUCAGCGUCGUCUUGUCCUGUCAUUUGUUCAUGAAUCUGCGCCAGCUUGCAUCGGGAACCUCUCCAGCGCAAGGCUCUGGCAGCGGGCAGGGAAUCGUUUCGAACGGCAGCGAUCGACGACGCGGCAGCCGUGCACAAUACGCCGGUGUGGCCGACGAUCCCGAGUCUGGACGAGGCGGUAUUCGCCUCCAGACGACAGUGUCGCGACGAUCGCAAUUUGCUUCUCCGCCUGUCUUGUCGGAGCCGACGAAAGCGUUCACGUGGGCCAACACCACGCACUGGUCAGGACCCAUCUCGCUCACUACCGAAAUAACACCUCCCAGCUUGAGCUCGAGCCGCCCAUUCGCCGAAUCAUCCAUUGAAGCGCACGGCUGGACGAAAGAACCGCAAUGAAAAAGCCGAGUGUAGCGGCAUCAUUUCGCCAUUUCUUGGCCACAAGGCAAUAGCAUUCAUAUCAUACCCGCAGUACCUGACAUGAUGAUAAAGCCAAGUGUCGCGGCAUCAUUUCGCCAUUUCUUACUACAGUGCAAUAGCAU